AUGAAGUUCAUCGCCUCAGCUUUCAUGAUAUCUGCUGCUUUUGCCACGAUCACGUCCGCUGUCCCUUUGAGAACCCAGGUGCCCACGGACACAAAGACCAUUACACAUGCCAUCUCCAAGCGCUGCACUGAAUGUACUAACACAGACAAUGUCGCCCUUGACCUGAUUGUCAAGGCUUCUGCCGAUCACUACUCUGAUAUUGCACGUGCGCGCCUCGAUAGCCUCAUGAACGAGAUCAAGUCCACUAAGGUCACCCCUGGAACUGAAGAGUCUUAUCAGGAAACAACCGUGUUAAGCGUCACUGUCCAGACUAAAAUUGAUGAGGCCAAGAGGGCAUGUUCCCCUGAGGCUCUGGCCCCUAUUAUCAAGGAGACUGUUGCUGCGGACGAGAAUCUCAAUAUCCCCUGGUCCAAAAAGGAGGAAAUUGAAAGGAAGAUCGCAGAUUUGGAUACCAUGAUCACUAAGCUGAUGCUGGAGCGCAUCCAAAAUAAUAUCGAUGCCGAGUCAUUAUCGAAGGACUGCACGGAGAAGAUGACCAACACUGAGAUUACACCUGCGCCUGCUCCUUCUCAUGCUGAGGAGUCUGCCACUGCACAAGAGCCUGCCCCUGCACAGGCACCUGCGCACGCACCCAAGCCAGUUCCGGCUGCUGCACAGCCCUGCACAGAGUGCACGGGAGCCUCUUCCUCGAAUACCCAGCCCGGUAUCGACGUUGCAGGAAACGUGGACUCGAAAUUCGUGUGCAAGACUGGAUGCAAGGACUCGAACGAUGCCAAGACUGUGUUGAGUCUGCGCGUGGAUCUUGAGAGGCAAUUCAGGCCUCGCUUGGAUCGCUUUUAUGUCCACGAGGUCCCAACCGCUUGCGAGGAGGAGCGCGGGUUGCUGUUGGGAGGCGUCUUGAAGUUGGUUGCAGAUUUGAACGAUAAUACUGAUGCUUAA